AUGCGUACCUACGACGACACUUUCAGCGGCGAGAAGAUUUACCCCGGAAAGGGUAAACUCUACGUCCGCGGCGACGGCAAAGUCUUCCGCUUCCAGAAUGGCAAGACCGAAUCCCUCUUCCUCCAACGCAAAAACCCUCGCCGAAUCUUAUGGACGACCCUUUAUAGAAGACAACACAGGAAAGGCAUCUCUGAAGAAGUUGCAAAGAAGCGUACCCGACGCACAGUCAAGUCCCAGCGUGCUGUUGUCGGCGCCUCUCUAGACGUCAUCAAAGAACGACGAAGCAUGCGCCCUGAGGCCCGCCUCGCUGCUCGCCAACAAGCCAUCAAGGAAGGAAAGGAAAAGAAGUCCGCUGCCGAAAGCAAGAAGAGAGCUGAGAAGGCUAAGAACGCUGCCAACGCUGCCAGAGGCCAGGCGAGCAGAAUCCAAAGCAAACAGGGUGCUAAGGGUGCGCCACCCAAGGUUGCUGCUAAGUCUCGUUAA